AUGGGUUCAACUCCUGGUGGACUGGAAGGUAAUUUCCCGCCACCACCGGCAGAAUUACCAUCAUUUUACAUGCAGCAAAAGCAAACAACAUUUUUUCCACCUAUGCCACCACAAUUACAUCCUCCACUGGAAUCACUUCCAACAACCCUUCCUGGUACGGUGGCAAAUUCAGAAUCACCAUCAACCACAUUUCCAAUUCUUCCACCAUCCAGCUUUCCUCCUCCGCCUUCUGAGUUUACACUGCCAUCGAUGCAACUCGUAGCACCAUCAACACCUCCAUCUCUCUCCGUUCCGUCUUCCUGUGCAGUUCCGGUGACGGAACAAGCUUCGGUGACAGUUCCGUCGGAAAGUCAUGACGCUACUAUUGCUGCUACUACUAUCACCGCUGCAGAUAUACCAGUAACUUUGCAUCAAACAGUAUCUUCAACACCAAUACCGCCGCCAGCAACUGCUCAAAUGAUCAUUCCAAUGAAUGUACAAGAAACGGAGCAAACGAUAUCAGAAAUAAAUGAUGAAUCGAAAAAGAUGGGUGUCUUUAAUUGGUUUCAACAAGCUGUGCAACAAUCACAAUUCUUAUCUAAAAUGGCUAACAAAGCUAAGGUAGGAAUGGAUUCGGUAUUAACAGUACUGGAUCCUGGAAUGCGAGAUUUCCUGAAUGGUAGUGAUGUGCUGCAUGCUGUUAUAUUAUGCUACGCUAAUAAACAGAUUAUUGAUGCUGUUAAACAUGGCCUACUUCAAACAUUUAGUGAAAUAAUAUUUGACGAAAUAAACGCAGAAGUCGAACUUCCUACUACUAAUAUUCAGAUUAUUGGAUAUGAAUCGGCUUGGAAGAAAGUAAAGGAGCGCUUGGCUACCCUUCGAAAUAGUAAUACUGUUAGUCCGGAGACAACUUUAUUCAUUGUACAGCCAUUUUUGUAUCAAGUUGAUGAUUGUUGGUUUGAUACUGCUUUAAUACUAGCUCAGAAAGGAGAUGUUGAAGUUAGUGUAUUUAUGCAAGCAACACAGGUUGAUGCUGACGUGAUUGCAACACUUCAGAAACAUACACCAAAAGAAUACCCAAGUGAUGCAUUUGCCACUACAGUUGGUUAUGCAUAUGCGGAAAUGUAUGGUGGUGAUCCGGAUGACUGGCAAAGAACUUCUCUUUCAUUUUCUUCUACUGAACUCUAUCGAGCAGCAUCUAUUGCAUUGGCAUCAAAUUUGAAGCGCAUUUUGUCGAUGAAGAUUUCCUCCAGAUCCUAA